AUGUUCCUCGGUUUCUUCGUCUCGCAGAGCCCUGGAAGCGGCUGGAUCGCGUCUUCUCUGCAGACUGCGAAGGCCUACCAGCUGGGACCAGCAACGGCGAAGUCCCUGCGCAGCUGGACCCGCGCCUUCAUCGCUGAUCGACAUGCGCUUCCAAGCACAGCGGCCCGACCCUGGCAGCUUUCCCUCCUCGAGCGUCGUCCUGAUUUGCGGACUGCGAUCGAGGAGCACCUCCAGAGCGUCGGGAAGUACGUUCGAGCAAUGAACAUCGUCCAUUUCAUGUCAGAGCCGGCAGUUCUGGCCCAGUAUGGGCUGACGAAGCCCGUUGCCCUGUCCACGGCACAGGUCUGGAUGCACGCCCUGGAGUACCGGUGGACGAAAGUCCCAAGCGGCCAGUAUGUGGACGGACAUAAGCGCGCGGAUGUGGUCAGCUAUCGGCAGGACAGGUUCCUCCCUGCAAUGGCCUGGACCGACAGCUGCGCUCGCAUGUGGGACAAGGACGGCACCGAGUCACCGCUCCCCCAUCCCCCUACUGGCACACGCCGUGUUGUGUACUGGUUCCAUGACGAGUCUGUCUUCUACGCAAAUGACAGACGGAAGACACGAUGGGUGCACAAGUCUGAGAAGGCAGUACCCCGCACCAAAGGGGAAGGUGCUUCACUCAUGGCCGCCGACUUCGUCUCCGCUGACUAUGGCUGGCUGCGCUCUCCUGACGGCAAGGAGUCCACUCGAGUCCGCCCUGAAAAGAAUCGUGAUGGAUACUUCACGCAUGAGGAGAUCCUCGCACAGGCGACUGCAGCAAUGGACAUCCUCGCACGGCACUACCCUGAUGAGGACCACGUCCUGAUUUUCGACAAUGCCACUACUCACCUGAAGCGCGCGGCGGAUGCCCUCUCAGCGCGUCACAUGUCCAUGAAGCCGACACAAGAUGACAAGCCAAUGUUCGGCGUGGAGACGCCUCUGCGCGGACCAGACGGGAAGCCGGUGUACGGGCCAGACGGGAAGGUCCUCAAGACGAAGAUUCGCAUGGAAGACGCACGAUUCAAGGAUGGCUCACCACAAUCACUCUAUUUCCCUGCUGGGCAUCCAAGAGAAGGCGUCUUCAAGGGCAUGAUCAUUAUUUUGCAGGAGCGUGGUUUCGCAAAUGUGAACACCUUGCGUGCACAGUGCCCCGCCUUCAAGUGCCUGCCACCUGCCCUUGAUUGUUGCUGCCGCCGACUUCUCUUCAACCAGCCUGACUUUCGAGAUGUCGAGUCCCUCCUCGAAACGCACUGCAAGGCUCGCGGCUUCACCGUCUUGUUCCUACCGAAGUUCCAUUGCGAACUUAACUGCAUCGAGCAGUGUUGGGGGUAUGCCAAGCGUGUCUAUCGCAAGCUCCCAGCAUCCUCGGCCGAGGCCGAUCUUGAACGCAAUGUGAGCUCCUCGCUCGACAGUGUCCCACUGGACGCAAUUUUUAGAUUCUACACUUGUUCCCAUCGGUUCAUGGACGCGUAUUGGCGCGGUCUUAAUGGCACACAAGCUGCCUGGGCCGCAAAGAAGUACCGGAGUCACCGAGUUCUGCCGGGUGAUAUCCUGGAUGAGCUCGACCGUGCUGACAUUUCUUGA